AUUAACAGGUUCUGAGUCUGUCAUCACAAGAACAAUAAAAAAGAAGGCCCGCGCUUCUGACGAGGUUUAUAGUUGAAGCAGUGGCUCUAUUAUCAAAAAAUUUGACUCUACAUCCAAAAUGUUUUAUGCUUCAUAUAUUAUUUAAUCUAUAAGAUAACGUAUGUCAAAUUUAAAAAAAUAAGAAACCUUAAUUAAUUAUUGCUAAUUUGCUUAGAAAAUUUUUUUGACCGGAUAAAGCUCCAAGUUGAAGCAGCCAGCAACGUGCACAUAUAUAGUAAAGAAUACGCAACUAUUAAAGAAAGAAAUGAUGCUGUACCGCGCAUGCAUGUAGGGAUUAAAAUAUUAAUCACGUGAGUUUAGUGCUCAUGACUCAAAAAAAAUGAUUAUUAACGUUUAGAUGUGAAAAAAUAUUUUAAAUAAUUGAGCAGUUAAAAUAUUGACAAAUGGAUGGCCAAGAUAAGCUACUAUAUAUAUUAGUCUUAUGAUGAAGUGAAGAAGUCAUGUACACAUAGAGAGAAAGAAAGGAACGAGGAAGGAGAAAUGAAUUUAGGGAAAGAGAUGAGUGUCAUAUUGGUCAUUUUGGGUGUCCUUCUUUGUAAGGCUCAAGGCGCUGUUCAUCACCAUGACUUCGUUCUGCAAGAGAAGAACUUCACGAAGCUGUGCAGCACGAAGAGCAUCUUGACGGUGAAUGGUAGCUUUCCAGGGCCUACCAUCACUGCUCACAAAGGAGAUAUCGUUUUUGUCACUGUCCACAAUCAUGGAACUUACGGUGUUACCAUCCACUGGCAUGGGGUGAGGCAACCAAACGAUCCAUGGUCAGACGGACCUGAGAACAUAACACAGUGCCCUAUUCCUCCAGGAACAAACUUCACCCAGAGAAUCAAUUUAGCAUACGAAGAAGGUACACUUUGGUGGCACGCUCACAGUGACUGGACUCGUGCCACUGUUCAUGGAGCCAUUGUCAUCCAUCCUCCUCACGGCUCUUCUUAUCCUUUCACCGAGCCCUAUGGCCAAGAAACCCUCAUCAUUGGGGAGUGGUACAAGGGAGAUGUGAUGACAAUCAUAGACGACGCUUUGGCCACUGGCGGAGAACCAAACACUUCUGACGCUUUCACCAUUAAUGGCCAACCUGGAGACUUGUAUGCUUGUUCUAACGGGACGACACACCGAUUUUCAGUGGUGCAAGGAAAAACCUAUCUCCUUCGCAUAAUCAGCGCCGCCAUGAACGAAGCCCAUUACUUCGGAAUCACAAACCACUCACUCACAGUCGUAGGCAUAGACGCAGCCUACGUCAAGCCCUUCACCACCCCUUACCUCGUGAUCACCCCAGGCCAAACCAUGGACGUUCUGCUCCAGGCUAACCAGACACCAGGUCUCUACUACAUCGUCGCCUCGUCCUUCCAAGACGGCUCAUCUCCAUAUGAUAACACCACAACCACAGCCAUUUUGCAGUACAGUGGAAGCUCCAAUGCUUCUCAGCAUCCUCCAAUGGCGUUCCCAGAUUUUCCUGAACAUAAUGAUUCUACUGCUCCUUUUAACUUCACCAACAGGUUGAGGGGUUUGGGGAGCGAGAGUCACCCCAUUGAGGUUCCAAAGACAGUGAACAGGAUGAUUUAUAUGACGGUCGCUGUGAAUGUUCUUGCAUGCAAUGCUAGUACUUGUGACAGCACCACCAAGCUUGCGGCUAGUUUGAACAACGUGUCGUUUCAGACCCCGAGUAUUGAUAUAUUGGACGCUUACUACUGGAACAAGACAGGAGUUUUCACUAAAGAUUUCCCGAAAGAGCCUCCAAACUAUAUCAACUUCACAGAUCCUGACAACAACGCAUUUACGACCACGGGAACGAGGGUGAUAAUGCUGAACUACAAUGACUCUGUAGAGGUAGUGUGGCAAGGAACGAAUAAUUCAUUGAAUACUGCCGAGAAUCACCCAAUGCAUCUCCAUGGAUUCAGCUAUUAUGUUGUGGGACAAGGCUGGGGAGUUUUCAACAAUAAGACCGAUCCUGAAUCCUAUAACCUCGUUGAUCCUCCAGAAGUUAACACUGUUAGUCUUCCCAUGAAUGGUUGGCUUGCUAUGAGAUUUGUCGCCAACAAUCCCGGGGUAUGGUUUAUGCAUUGUCAUUUUGAGAGGCACAGUAGCUGGGGAAUGGACACUGUGCUGAUUGUGAAGGAUGGAAAAACCAACGAAACAAGGAUGCUUCCACCUCCUAAGUACAUGCCUCCUUGUUCCAAAUGAAGACGUUGCAUCAUUCUACAUCAAUCGUUCUUUGAGUCAUUGGUAUAAUUAUCUAGAAAUUGAAUAACCCUGUGUUUGAUCUCAGGCAAAGAAGAGAAUCCUGAGAAAUUUGAUUCCGUUUGGUUGUUUGAGCAAUAAUGUGUGAUACUAGAAAUGGUUCGUGUUCAUGUUGUUUACUUUGGUUUGGAACUCCUCACAUCAUAAUUUGGUCUUUUAUUCAGUA